AUGGGCGUUCCAGAGCAAACCCCAAUCCCAGUCGCGGCCCAGCUGCCACCGGCCCAGCAAAGUCGCAUCAACUCUGGAUCCGAAGGUGUUCUUACCCCGAUCGCGAGCAAUCCAAAGGAUGAUAUUGAUCCCAAAGACGAGAGGGCUUUCCUUUGGCGCCUGGACUUGUUCUUCCUGACAAUUGGUUUCUUGGGUUACAUGUUUAAAUACAUUGAUCAGACAAAUAUCAGCAAUGCAUAUGUGUCAGGAAUGAAGGAGGACCUCAAUCUUCUGGGGAAUGAACUCAACUAUUUUACUACAUUCUUCAACAUCGGGUACAUGAUUAUGCUGUAUCCCUCAUGCAUCAUCAUAUCCCACUUUGGCCCCUCGAAAUGGCUGCCAGCAUGUGAACUCAUCUGGGGCAUCCUCACCUGCUGCCUCUCACUUGUCACCAGCGCGAAACAGGUCUACGGCCUUCGUUUCCUCAUCGGCUUCUUUGAGGGCACAGCUUGGCCAGGCUACUUUACCCUCAUUAGCCAGUGGUACAUGCCCCACGAGGUCGCCCUACGCAUGAGUCUGUACAACAUUGCUCAGCCGGCCGGGGCGAUGCUUUCGGGCGCGAUGCAAGGGGCGCUUUCAACAAAUUUUGAGGGUCUACAUGGACGUUCUGGCUGGCGCUGGGCAUUCAUCAUCAAUGGUGUUUGUACCAUAGCCGUAGCUCUCGCUGCGUUCUUCAUUCUUCCCGGCUACCCCGAACGCCCAAAUCCCCUGGCAAAGUUCUACUUGAAGCCGAAGCAUAUUGAGAUUGCCCUCGCCCGUGCUCGCAGGGUCGGUCGCAAGCCACAAAUUGGCAUCACGAUCAAGUCUUUCGUGCGAUGUUUCAGCUUCUGGCAACUUUGGGCAUUUGCUAUCGCGUGGCCCAUUGGCGGUAAUUUUACGCCAGCCAGUUACUUCAACUUGUGGCUCAAGUCUUUGAAGAACGCAGAUGGAUCGGUCAAAUACUCUGUUGCCAUGCUCAACUACCUGCCCAUCAUCGGCCAAGCCGUCCAACUCGUGGCAGAGCUGCUCUUCAGUGGCCUCAGCGACUACUUUGGAGUUCGACUGCCAUUCUUACUUCUGCAUUCGGUCAUCAACAUCACUUCACAGAUCAUCCUCAUCAUAAGACCCAGUAAUCAACAAGCCUAUAUGGCCGGCUGGUACAUGAACUACAUCGGAGCUGUCUCCACGAUGCUGCUAUGCUCCUGGGCAUCAGCCCACCUCCAAGGCGAGCCCGAGGUGCGCACCGUCCUCUUCGCCAGCGGAACUGUCCUCGCCUACAUCAUGAGCGCUUUCAUCCCCAUCGCCGCGUUCCCGGCAUCCGAGGCCCCACACUGGCGCAUCGGCGCCAAGCUGUAUCUUGCCUUUGCAUUGGUUUCGGCCGUCAUUUUUGUUGGGAUUCACUUUGCUUUCAAGUGGGAGGAGAAGAAGAAGGCGAAGGAGGCGGUCAAGGAAGAGUCGACUGGCGAGCCGGAUAAUGCGCAUUCGGGUGUCAAGUCUGUGGAUAUUGGGGAGAAUGACAGUGCUGUUGCUGGCAACGAGGGUUUUGGGAAGUUCCAAGACAAGCCUUGA